ACCCCACAAACCAAUUAAUUUUUCACCAAAUAUUUAAUUUUUUCGAACAUUAUUUUUUGAAUUUUCGUGAAAGUAGUAAACAAAUGUUUAUCUUUCGUUAACUGAAAAAUAUUUGUUUAUCAACAAACAGAAUUUUUUUUAAGUAGAUCUACAAACGCAAAAUAGGGAAAGAUAUUAUUGUCUUUAGGAAAGAAAAUAGGAUUAGUAAAUAGUGAUAGUUUAAGAUGACUUGUUGCGGGGAAGUUGAUACUAGUAAGGGAUUCAAACCGAGUUACAAUGUGAAGGCUUUAACAGAGAAGUUCUAUGCACGGCAUGACACUCUCAAUGAAGAUCCAAAAACUGUGCUCAGUUACAAACAUUACUGUGAGGAAAUAGAAAAGCGGCAGAAGUACACGCCGCGCACAUUUUAUCUCACGCCGCGGACAGAAAAUCAAGUAUACGGUUGGUUACACCAUUUGGCAUUCAAAUAUGAUCCCGGCUACGAACAGAUGCUUUUUCAUCGUGCGCGACAAUCGGAUCCAGAUAUUAAAAUACAAAAUGCAAUAAAUUUAGCAGUUUUGCGUGGCCUGAGGCGUUAGUGAUAUGUAGCUAUAUAUGUAUGUAUAUGCAAAUACAAUAUAUAUUGUGUGUAUAUGUACAACCACUUUAAUAGAAGUGUGAUAUACAAUUUUAUGUAUACGUUUGAUGUGUAAAGAAUGGAAAUCCGUUAUGGAUUAGUAGCAACUUGUUUCAAAAUUAUGGAUAUAAUAAACAAUAUGUA